UAUAAUUUUUCAUUUCUUUUAUGAUGAUUUUUGCCUCAAACUCAUAUUAUUUAAUUAAAUUCUUUUUCAUAAAAGAUGGAAAGUCUUGUAAAAUUUGUAUCAAAGGCAGGGUUAACAGCUGGUCAGCAACAGGGUCUCCAUCUCCCUGAAGCUCAGUCUCAGCAGCAGUUGCCUCUGUCUACAGAUUCUUCCACUGUUAUCUCGCCAGCUGGUCAGCAACAGGGUCUCCCUGCAGCUCAGUCUCAGAAGCAGUUGCCUGUGGCUUCUGGUUCUUCCACUGUUCUCUCGCCAGCUGGUCAGCAGCAGGGUCUCCCUGCAGCUCAGUCUCAGCAGCCGUUGCCUGUGGCUUCUGGUUCUUCCACUGUUCUCUCGCCAGCUGGUCAGGAACAGGGUCUCCCUGCAGCACAGUCUCAACAGUUGCCUGUAGCUCCUAGUGUUCAACUUCCAGUUGGUCAGCAGCAGCAACCUGGUGGACCUGGUGCUUUGCAAGUGGGACCUCAGCAGCCUCUUCAACCUCAGGCACACCAGCAGGCAGGACAGCAACCUCAAGUGGGACCUCAGCAGCCUCUAGGGCAACAGCAACCACCAGGACCCCAGCAACCACCAGGACCCCAGCAAGCAGGACAGCAACCUCAAGCCCAAGGGAGAGGCAGAAGGAGAGCAGGAGGAGGAGGCCGUUGGAUUAGAGGAGGAGGGCAAGGAGGACGUGGAGGAGGACAACAAGGAGGACGUGGAGGAGGACAAGGAGGUCAAGGAGGCGGAAGAGGAAGAGAAGAAAGAGCACGAGAUGAUCAAGUUAUCAAUCUGCUGGAAAAAUGGGCAGAUCUUUUAUACAAAUACAGCAACCAUGAAUAAUAUUGGGAACCAGGAAAACGUCAAAUCUGUGUACAUAUUCAUCUCUCUGAACUCCCAGAAGGUUUUAUUCAUAGCCUGAAAGUGUCUCUCCUGAGCCACCAUGUGCAUUGUGACAUCGACCACCUCGGUCGCCCCAACCUGUACAUCUGAUACAUUCCUUUGAAAAUACUUUUUAAUGACAAAUAUACAGUUUUUUAUAAUCAUGAUAUUGAAAUAUAAAUGUUUCAUAAUCUAUAA